AAGAAGGAUUACAUGUUGUGGUCGUUGUUUUGUUGCAGUGCUCCAGCAAGACAGCAAUGAUGGUCGGUCGGACACGGAAGAGCUGCUGCGGGCCGGACAGCCGCCGCCGCAGGACUCUCGCGCGCCCAGCCCCGCGCCCAGCAGCCCCGCGCCUCCCCCGGCCAGCGUCCGCGACAAGGAGCGCGAGAGGACGCCCAGCCAGGAGCGCGCAGCGCGCCGAGAGCGACUGCCCAGCCCCGAGCGGCCGGGGCGAGUCAAGGAGCAGGACAAGCAGGCCGGAGACCAGAACACCACACAGCCGCAGCCACAGCCCAGCCCCACCAACAGGCAUCUCAACUUCGAGGAGUUUGAGUGCGACGUGUCCGUGGAAGGGGGGGUCGACGAGGCGGGUCAGGAGCGACAAGAAUUUUCAUUUACCUUGUACGAUUUUGAUGGCCACGGCAAAAUCACGAAGGACGACAUCACCGGACUCGUGAGCACAAUCUACGAUACCCUCGGCGCUUCCAUAAAGGUGCCGCACUACGGAAGCAAGACCAUCAAGGUGAAGCUGACCGUAUCCCCGGACAAGCGCGCAGCCAUGGGCUCGUCCGAUGCGAACGGCACCAGCAACCCUACGUAUGUCAACGGCGUACCCCCAGUAGCCGAGCACGCCGACGAUGAGCCCCAGACCACGCCGCCCACCCGCGUGCGCUUCAAGCGGGACCUGAACGUCACCAUCCAGGAGAGGCGGCCGCCGCGGCCCCGGAGGACCUCCAGCGCGAGUGUGCGGCGGAGGCCGUCAGCGGCCUCAACCCCGGCCCCGGCCCCGGCCCCGGCCCCGGCCCCGGCUCCGGUCCCAGUCUCGGCCCCACCACCUCCACCCCCGCCCCAGCGGGAGCGGGAGCCCAGCGAGGACAGGGGCUAUGUCGUGCACAGCUGCAGCAGCAGCUGCCGCAGCGGUGCCGGCAGCGAGGGCGGCGACGUAGAGGUCGACGGCUCCGCCGACGAGGAUGACAUCGAGGACGAGGACGACGACGGAGGGCGGACGUGCCCGGCCACAGGGCUGUCUCCAGCCAGCGUGGCCGCCGCGGCCGUGGCCAGCGUGGCGGCUAACGUCGCCGCCAACGGCUGCCACUCGCCUCACGUCAAGAAGCGGUCCUCGAGCAUGCAGCGCCAGGAGCUGCUGCAGAUCAUCCAGGCUAACAUGGAGAAGAUGGCUAAAAAGUCGUGCAGCGAGAGGACGGGCUUGGAGGAGAGGCGGCACAGCCACAGUGGCGUGCACCCGCACCGCCACCGCCACCGGCAGAAGAAGGCCGCCCCGCCCAUGUCGCUGUCCGCGUCCAACUCGCCCCAGCGCAUUUACGACUACGCCACCACCCCCUACUACGUGAACCUGGCCGACAAGGGAGAGAACGCCCCCGGGGACGCCGACACGUACAGAUACGUGGUGUGCACGCCGAAGCACCAGCCCAUGUACCAUAAUGUGCCUUGCCGAGACAGGGGCCACAACCGGUCUCGCUCCCACGACCUCACCACCACCAACACCCACAACCACAACCACGCGCACCAGCACAGUCACAACCAUAGUCAUAGUCACAACCCUGCCGCGCCGCUGUUCCGGUACACCUUGCUCCAGGAGGACAACACCAGCAGCGUGCAGGCCUUCAACGUGAGGCCGGCCAAGUCCCCCGCGGCCAACAGGAGGACCCGUCUACCCCCGACGGCCGCAGGCCACACGUCCUCACCCCAUCACCUCAAGCAUCGCAACCGCGAGCAGGACCAGGCGCGAGCCAUGGCGCAGGUUGUGCAAUGGCUGGAGCAGGAGUUUUCAGCUUCCCUCAACACUAGGACAACUGCUGGUGUGCAGGAGGUUCUUAUCAAUGCCAAGGCUCAUCGUACGAAGAGUAAGUCAUUUACAUCGCCAACAGAGCCGGCCCCAGCUCCAUCUGCAACCACCCAUCCGGGACCUAAUAUCUCCAGUAACACUCCUCAAUCAACACCUCAUGAUGAAGAACCGGCACCAUCAGCUGGAGAUGUUAAGCAGCACGAACACCAUCAUGUUCAUGAACAUAUUCAUCAUCAUUACCACCAUUAUCAAGAAACACCCCCCGUACUAGUGUAGAAUUGUAAAUUGCUUCUCAUAUUUAACAUUCCAGUUUGCCUAAAAAGGUGUUCCUGUAGUCAAAACCCAAAAUGAAAAAGCAUUUUUAUGAACAGUUAAGAAGAUAUUGUUUGUUGGAGCACAGAUUCUCAUUGUCUGAUUUUCAUUUCUGGAAAUAUUCCCCUUAUCAAAAAUGUGUCAGCCAUAGAGAGAACCCUUAUUUUAAGUUAUUGCCAUUUAUAAUUGUGUUCAUAUUGAACUGAGUUCCUAACCUGCUGUUUGUACUAAACAAUAUAUUUUCUCUUCCACUUCCUCUCAGUGCGGUGGGAAAAAUAAGUUUAGUCCCCAUCUCAUCACCCUAUUUCUAAGAUACUAUUAUGUAAAUUAGUGUUUCCUAACGUCCCUUUGUCAUUCAAUUACGUUCAUAUUGUAUAUAAGCCCUAUUUUUAUCAUUUUGAUUCAUGCUCAAUGAAUUUUAUAGAUCCAUUUCAUUUAUUUUGUUGUGUUGGUCAUUUGAUUGUACGCCAUUUUCAUUGUUAAUAUUCUCUUGCCACCAUUAUCAUUCAACAUUAAGUACAAUCAUUUGACUGCAACAGUGGUUUAUGUGACCUGCUAGUCUAUUAUUUUUUAUAAUUUAUGUACAUUGUCCAUUACAUU